UGGGAAGCUGCGGACAGAAGGGGCGGCGCUCCUGGUCUGGUGCUCCAGCUGCGGAUCCUGGGGUCGCCACGCCCGCUGUCGCCGCUGCAGCGGGAGAGCGGCCUCGCGCCGCUGCUCCUCCCCCAGGGAUGCAGCCGCUUCAGCCGCCGGCGCCCCGGCCCCUGGCCCUGCUGGACACGACAGGUGAGGUCACAGAAGGGUUUGCCAGAAGAAAGAAGACAUCCCUGUGGUUUGUGGGGUCUCUGCUGGUGGUGUCCACCUUCAUCCUGACCCUCGGCCUCACGGCCAACACCAGGACAGAGAACGUGGCCGUGGGGGGCUACUACCCAGGGAUCGUGCUGGGCUUUGGAUCUUUCUUAGGAAUUAUUGGCAUCCACCUGGUGGAGAACAGACGGCAAAUGCUGGUGGCGGCCGUCGUGUUCAUCAGCUUCGGCGUGGUGGCUGCCUUCUGCUGCGCCAUCGUGGACGGCGUGUUUGCUGCGAGGCACAUCGAGCCCCGGCCCCUGGUGGCAGGAAGGUGCCAGUUUUACUCCAGCGAAGUCGGCUACCUGCACGACGUCUACCAGACGGAGGUCACCUGUCACUCCCUGAACGGCCAGUGCCAGCUGAAGGUGAAGGGCGACACAUGCUACUGCUGUGACCUCUACAACUGCCAGAGCGCCGAGCACCCUGCCACCUACUACGAGUUCGUGGGCGUGAGCAGCUGCCAGGACGUGCUCCACCUCUAUCGGCUGCUCUGGGCCUCGGCCGUGCUCAACGUCCUGGGCCUGUUCCUGGGCAUCGUCACCGCGGCUGUCCUGGGGGCCUUCAAGGACAUGGUCCCUCUGUCUCAGUUGGCCUACGGCCCCUCGUCACCACCUCAGACCCUCUACAACCCCGCCCAGCAGAUCCUGGCCUACGCGGGCUUCUGCCAGGCACCCCCAGCCGGUGCCCCCUGCUCGUCCUUCCCUCUGCCUCUGCAGCCCUCCUGCACCUUCACGGCCUCGCCCCGCACUGACCUCUCUCUGUCCGAGGACGUGUGGCUCCCGUCCCAGUCCAGCUCUGGCUGCCGGCUCCCUCCCAACGCGCCCCCCGUCUCUGCUCCCACCUGCUUCCUCCCCGGGGAGAAGCCUCCCCCCUACGCACCCUGAUGCAGGGAGUAGAUGGAAAACAAUUUUUUGUUUUGUUAAAAGAUAAAGCAGCCUCUGCAAAUCCUG